GAACCCCCAAAGCCUUGGCAAGCCACAGUUUCGGAAACACGACAAAUAAAUCCGAAAAUGGCUCUUCCAAAGAUGGAGGAGGAGGAGGAGGACACCUCGAAUAUAUCGCUUAUUUUCUGAUUCCAGUAUUCUUCCUUAUGGGGCUGUUGGGGGUUUUGAUUUGCCAUGUGCUGAAGAGAAAAGGCUAUCGGUGCACGACCGAAGCGGAGGAAGAAGAUGAACAGCUUGAGGAAAAGAUAGAAUUGAAUGACAGCGUCAAUGAAAACAGCGACACGGUGGGGCAGAUAGUCGAUUAUAUCAUGAAAAACGAAGCCAACGCAGAUGUGCUGAAAGCCAUGGUGGCUGAUAAUUCGGUCUGCGAUCCAGAAAGCCCAACGACUCCAGGCAGCCCAACGAGUCCAGGUUCUCCGUUGUCUCCCGGAGGCCCUUUGUCAAAACACACUUGCCGAGGAAACCACUUGCACACCAUUGGCGGCGUGGCUGGGACAGGCACUUGUUCUCGUUGCAGCCAGAAACGGUGGAAUCUCUUCAGUCCGAAUAAAAGAGGCAAAGAAGCCAAAAGAUCCCGUCAUGGACAUGUCACCGUGCUCUCCGUGGGAAGAUUUCGGGUUACCAAAGUGGAACAGAAGUCUGCUGCGAAGGACCGAAAACACUUGGUGUCUGUCAGCGGAGGCCAAGCUGGUGAUGUGUCCUCUACUCCUGGGAAAGAAAGCUCCAAAGAACAGCCAGCUUCGCUUCCUGUCACACCGGAAUCGAAAGAGCUGAAAUCAGCACCGACCAAACAGGGAAAGGAUGUGAGUUCGGAUUCAGGGUAGCAAAGUUGAUGGCAGGACAUCCCAAGCAGGGUUAGAGAAAGCAAGAAAGACCAUUGGAAAGGGAAAAAAAAGACUUUUCAAGGAGCUAUUUGUGAAUGCCACGCCAUGGGCAUCUUUCACUAACUGAAUCUCUGCACCGUUCGGCCCCAGAUAUUUAACAUAUUGUUAAUAACGGAAUAUUGAAUGGCAUUUAUUCAACUGAAGGUUACCAGAAUGUACUGCCUGCAAUUUUAUAUAUGUGUGUUUUAAAAAAACGCCUCUUUAUUUUUAUUUUUCCUCUGACAAAGCAAGAACUUAAUGAAAAUUCUCUCUUGGAAAUGGGGGGAACCCCCCCCAAAACUCUUUCCCCACCCCAGAUCUCUUGUAUGCGUCGCACGGCCUGAAGUCGAAGCCAAUUGACCAAAGCAAAUGACACAAAUCAUGUAAUCCCAUACUGCUCGUUCCUUGAGAACAGGAGAAGGGAAAUGGGGAGCCGUCUUUUCGCCUUAAUUUAUUGUGGCUGCUAAAUAAUACACUCCUUUAAUUGCAUGGAUUCAGUGGCUUUACUAUAAUUGCUCUUUGGUUCUCAAAACCGAAUUUAGCUUAUUUUUCUAGCUCGGUUGAGCUGCUGAUUGAAUUUUGUAGAUGUAGCUGAGAACUACCCUGUUUCCCCCAAAAUACGACCUACCUUGAAAGUAAGUCCUAGCUUGAUUUUUACACGAGCCCAAUAUAAGCCUUACCCCCCAAAUAAGCCUUAAGUUCCCAUCCACUCCAGAGUGCAUGGGUAAAAAUUAAGCUAGGUUGGGGCUUGGAUGGUGGAGCUGCCCUACUACUUACCUUGGACAAUUGUCUUGCACACUCUGACACCUGCCUUGCCAGCCCAUUUCUUCUGCAGCUGG